AUGAGGCUCUCAAGCAUUACCUCGGGCUUCCUCGCCCUGGUCGGUCUCUCGAACGCCGCCUCCCUUACCCAGAUCACCAACUUCGGUUCCAAUCCAAGCGGCGCGCGCUUUUACAUCUACGUUCCCGAUAGACUGGCCUCGAACCCGGCCAUCAUCACCGCCGUGCACUACUGCAGCGGUACCGCCAGCGCCUUCUACAAUGGCAGCCCGUACGCCCGGCUGGCCGAUACUCACGGCUUCAUUGUCGUGUACCCUGAAUCACCGAACUCGGGUGGCUGCUGGGAUGUCUCUUCUAACGCUGCUUACACCCGCAACAGCGGCGCCAACAGCCAUGCCAUUGUCAACAUGGUGAACUGGACCAUUGAGCGCUACGGCGCCGACAGAAACCGUGUCUUCCUCGCGGGGCUCAGCUCGGGCGCCAUGAUGACCAACGUUCUUGCUGCGACGUAUCCUGAUGUCUUCAAGGCUGCCAGCGCCUAUGCGGGCGUCCCUGCUGGAUGCUUCUACACCGGCACCGUCGCCGGCUGGAACAACACCUGCGCGAACGGCCAGUCGAUUACGACCCAGGAGCACUGGGCCCAGACUGCUCGCAACAUGUAUCCUGGCUACACCGGCCCCAGGCCGAAGAUGAUGAUCUACCACGGCUCUGCUGAUGACAUUAUCUACCCCAGAAACUUCAACGAGACGAUGAAGCAGUGGGCUGGUGUACUGGGCUAUACCUACGGCUCGCCCCGCCAGACCAUCCCCAACAGCCCCUCCGCCCCCUACACCAAGUACGUCUACGGCGACGACCUCGUUGGCAUCUACGGUACCGGCAUCACCCACAACAUCCAGAUCAACGGUGCCCUCGACCUUGAGUGGUUCGGCAUCACUGGCCAGCCCGCCACUACUUCUUCAGCCAGCGGUCCUACCACCACUCCUGUGUCGUCUAGCACUCUGGUCACUUCUGUCAGGACCACUACUACCUCUGCUCCUCCUGUUGCGACUACCCCUGCGGGUUGCACUUCGCCCAAGUGGGGACAGUGCGGUGGUCAGGGGUGGACUGGGUGCACUGUUUGCGCUGCGGGAUCGACUUGCACUUUUGGAAAUAACUGGUAUUCGCAGUGCUUGUAAGGGGGGGUUUGUACAUUGUUGAGGUGGGAGGAAAGCUGGAUGGGAGAAUAGGUGUAUAUGAUUGAAGCCGUCGCAUAUAUGAUGCGUAGAAACUUGCAAGAAUAUAUCGAGAAGUAUUAAACAAAGCAUUAGUUUUUGGGCAACCCUG